GUGAUUUACGCCGAUUUCGGAUGAUCACCUGAUUGUGAGCUCGUCUGUGAUCUCCACCCACAACGCAGACGCACGCAAACAUCUCAGUGCAAACACAAAAGAGUCUCUAAUGCAGAACGAGACUUCACCAUGCCCGCAGACGAGGUCCGCCAGAGGAAGGGAGGAGGUCGGAAGAAGUCCAAGAAGGGCAAGGGGAAAGGGCAGGGUGGCAGUGCCAAUGAGCGGAGCAGCAGUUUAAAUGGACAUGAUGAAGCGCCGCUGCUUCCUCCCAUUGUGCCACCCAAGAAACCUGUGGAGGAGAAGAAAAGGACCGUUCAGGCCAAGACUGAGGAGGAGUCAUCCAUGGCCAUCUGCCUGCAGGUGCUCUUCCCCUACCUGCUGGCUGGGAUGGGGAUGGUAAUGGCAGGCAUGGUGCUGGACAGCGUGCAGCACUGGGAUGUGUUUAAAGUCAUCACUGAGGUGUUCAUCCUUGUGCCUGCUCUGGUUGGCCUGAAGGGGAAUCUGGAGAUGACCCUGGCCUCUCGUCUCUCCACUGCUGCGAACACUGGACAGAUGGAUGAUCCUAAGCAGCAGUGGUUAAUGGUGUCCAGCAACCUGGCCCUCAUACAGGUGCAGGCCACUGUGGUGGGCUUUCUGGCAGCACUGGCGGCCGUGGCUCUGGGAGCAGUGUCCAGGGGAGGAGUCGAACUAGACCAGGCUGCUGUUCUCUGUGCCAGCAGUGUGACCACUGCCUUUAUUGCUGCGCUCUCGUUAGGGCUGGUAAUGAUUGGUGUAAUCAUUGGCUCCAGGAAAGUGGGCAUUAACCCAGAUAACGUGGCCACCCCGAUUGCUGCCAGUCUGGGAGACCUCAUCACCCUCUCUCUGCUGGCCGGGGUCAGCAGCACCCUCUUUCACUACAGAGAUAUCUGGUACCUGUCUCCGUUGGUGUGUGUGUUCUUCCUCGUGCUGAUCCCACUGUGGGUCGUGAUUGCUCGGCGGAGCCUUCAGAUCAGAGAGGUGCUGCGGUCCGGCUGGCAGCCUGUUAUAGUGGCCAUGUCCAUCAGCAGCUUUGGUGGCCUGAUACUCGACAAAACGGUCAGUGAUCCCAACUUUGAGGGCAUGGCUGUCUUUACACCCGUCAUAAACGGUGUUGGUGGGAACCUGGUGGCCAUCCAAGCGAGCAGGAUCUCCACCUACUUGCACUUCUGGAGCAUGCCAGGAGUUCUACCCUACAAGAUGAGGCAGCACUGGCCAAACCCCUGCGUGACCUUCUUUUCUGCAGGAGUGAACGCAAAGUCAGCGCGAGUACUUUUCCUGCUGGUGGUGCCGGGACACCUCGUCUUUCUUUUUGCCAUUAAAAUGCUGCAAGGUGGCCACACUGCUAUCACACUGGCCUUCACCUGCUGCUACCUGUGUGCUGCUCUUCUCCAGGUGGGCAUCCUGCUCUAUGUGGCUGACCUGAUCGUCCGGCUGAUGUGGAGGAAAGGCCUGGACCCGGACAACUUCUCCAUUCCCUACCUGACUGCUUUGGGAGAUUUGCUGGGCACUGGAUUCUUGGCCCUGUGCUUCCGCCUGGUCAUGCUAGUGGAGGGGCUGGGCCUAUGAAAGGUAGCCCAUCACCCCCAGGCCUUUAGUUGUACUCCAUUAAAGCAACAUCUUGUGGGCUAGCACCGGUGGUCACUGGGAGGUCAAAUACGGGGGGCCAGAUAAGAAAGGACAAAGACCACUGUUCUUGUGGGCUAGCCGGUUGUAGAUAAAUUUUCCUUGGGGACAUUUGAAGGUAAACUUUGACUGACAGAGCGACUGUCUGUGUUAAACUUAUACUGUAAUAACUGUUCUGUGGAUGUCGUCCUGUGGCCUUUGAUGUUGCCUUCACACAUACAUCCACCUACAAACGUUGCAGGGCUUUUUAAUCUAAAGGACUACAAUAGACUAUAGGGACUGUAUCUGGGUCGUCCACUCAUUCACUGUGCCACGUGUUAACUGAGCAUAGUAGUGUUUAAAGUUGUGAGGACUUCAAAGGAUUUACAGAUUUCCAUGAGUUGAAGGGUUGAUGGCCAUCAGGUCUGCCAUCGCUCUCUCUGUUUUGGAUAGUUUCCGUGAUGGAAGGGAUACUUAACCGUUAACUGAAGAGUGAAGAACGUUAAAUGAUUCAGAGCUGUACUGAAGCUCAUUCCAGUGCUGGAUUGAAUUACAGAACAAAAUAAGAUUAUUUCUCAAAGGGACCUGACUGGAUGGGGGAGAUUUGAGGUUUUGCUGCUAAAAAUGUCACCAUGAAGACUAAAUAUUCAAGUUUUUAGAUUUCUUGAAUAUUCCACCAUGAAGAUGAAUAUUUUGAGUGUUCUUGACUUGCCUUUCAGUGAAUUUAUCUCACUAUUUUUGCACAACUGAGAACUUCUAUAAAUUGUGACUGUCAGUCAUUCAGGUUUUAAAGGAAUGAUUCACCAAAUUCAAAUAUACACAGUUGUCAACUUUCCCCAGAGGUAGUCCACCAGCCAGGACGUGUCCAAGUUUUGCUUGUUUUGUGCUGAAGCUGCAAAGUUAGCAUUGCCAGCAAGCACUAGAAGUCAGUAGUCACCCAAAUCUUUUCUGUAGAUACAUCCCCAAAUCUUCUCUCAAACCGCAUCCAACUCCUUAUUAAGGUUAUGCAGACUUGUCAGUAUGGUUUAAGAGACAGUACGACUUACUGCAAACUACAAAAAUGAACAAAACUUUGUGUAGGCAGGUGUUGUGUCAAUUUGACUCUCAGAAUCAGUGACUCCAACACAUGCAUGCACAUGGGCACUAAAUUAUGUUUGUGAUUUAUGUUUAUAUUUAACUUUAACAUCCAAGAUCAAACACACACACACACACACACACACACCAUCUAAACUGCUUAUCCUUCUGGGUCGCAGUAGAG